UGUACAGCGCGCUUGACAUGUUGACAUGACGAUGGUCAAUAAUAGAGGAAUGGACUGAAGCCCGAAAGUAAUGAGAAAAUUCGAUGCAACAAUAUCAAAAAGUUUAAACGAAAGGACCAAUAAUCAAGUAAUAAAGAUUGGAAGAUCGAUGCUAAAUAAUUGAUUGAUCGAAUAGCUCGAAGGCAUUGGAGUAAUCGUUAGUCAAACCUGAAACAGGGAAAAAUCAAAAUAAAUUCGUCGGAGCUAUCGGACGCUGCCAUGCGUUUCGCUCGGAAAUAUAUGUAUAUUAUAUAGAUAACUGCGGUUUCGCCGGAGGUUGCGUGCUCUUCCGCACUGUAACAAAGCGUAUCUGUUAAGGGUUGCUGAUUGCUGCAUACUGAGGUUGAACACUAAGGCGACACCAAAAUGCCAGGAAAAAUAAAGGUGAAAAUAUUGGCGGGCCGCAAUUUGCCAGUGAUGGAUCGUUCGGGCGACACUACAGACGCGUAUGUCGAGCUGAAAUUCGGCAAUAUAACUUACAAGACCGACGUAUGCCGGAAAUCGUUGAAUCCGCAAUGGAACUCGGAGUGGUACAGAUUUGAGGUUGACGAUGCGGAGUUGCAGGACGAACCGUUGCAGAUCAGAUUAAUGGAUCAUGACACGUACUCCGCGAACGACGCGAUAGGCAAGGUUUAUGUAAACUUAAAUCCAUUAUUGCUGCCCGGUAUGCUGCCUCCGGUAAAGAACAUUUGGACUUUGGAAGCAGCCAUGAAUACUACUGCUGGCUCGCAAGGAUCAGUUAUGACUGGAUGGAUACCUGUGUACGAUACGAUGCAUGGCAUACGCGGCGAAGUGAAUAUCAUUAUCAAGGUGGAGUUGUUCUCCGAUUUUAACAAGUUUCGACAAUCGUCCUGCGGGGUACAAUUUUUUUACUCACCGAAUAUACCAUAUGGCUAUCAUGCACAAAUGAUACAUGGAUUCGUCGAAGAGCUUGUAGUCAGCGAUGACCCAGAGUACAAGUGGAUCGAUAAAAUAAGAACGCCUAGGGCAUCAAAUGAGGCACGACAGACUCUAUUUUUUAAGUUGAGUGGAGAAGUCCAGCGGAAGAUUGGAUUAAAAGCGCUGGACCUCGGUGGAAAUGCUGUGAUCGGGUAUCUGCAGAACUUCGACCUGGAAGGCGAGUCCGGCAUUGUUGCCAGAGGUAUAGGCACGGCGGUGACGCUCGUAAAAUUGCACGACGUUCUCGGAUUCCCUUGCGACAGCGUCAACAUCGAGGAAAUCACAUUCGCGCUUUCUUCACGCACUAAAACGCAAGCGGAAUGUUUCGAUACCGACGACGGCGAGCCGCUCAUUCCCAUCUCUCUGCCCGCUUGUAUCCCUGCUUUACAUCAUCAUCCUCCUAGCGUGUCGACGCAACCCGUAGACAGAGGUCUUUCAUCUUAUUCAGCGCCUUCAGCGUCAUUAACGUGUCUGGAACGUAGCACGAGGGCAUUCGGAACUCGCGGAUGCGCCAGAACGCGAAGGAAGUACGCCAGGUUUCCAUUUCUUCGGUCGCCUACCUCGAACACCUUGAGUUUAAGGGCCCUGGGUCGGUCGGGUGGUCGUGAUUUCCUCUCACCGGACGACACCAGGAAGAAAUCGUCGCGCUACCGGCUCUCCAAGCAGAUCAAGCACCUUCGCGACAAGUUCGACUCGCUCGGCGAGGAGAGUCGUCUCGCCGCGGAGUCCGACCGCGACUCCGACUCGCUCAGCUGGCGCGCCGUGCAUCUGAAGAAGCAGAGGAGCCCUACGGAAACCGAGACCAGCGGCAAGUUAAUGGCUGCCUUGUUGAUCGGCUCCAUACACAACAUGCCGCUGAAGAUCGCCGACAGUGCUGAUCCUCUUUCAGCUUCUCCGGGCGACGAGUACAUCGAGAUGACGGAGCUGAAGACGAGAAGAACGUACGGGGAGGAGAACUCGCAGGAGAACACGGACGUGACGGACAGCGACAAGGACAAGGAUGAACAACGGCGGGAUGCUUCGUCGUCGCCCGAGGAAACGGAACGUUCGUCCUCCUGCGAGAACGAUAACUCCACGGGCGACGACUUGUCGGACGACACAACCAGUUACAAGAUCCUGGACGACUCGAGGUACUCGCUCAACAAGGAUUCCGAUCGGGCGGAAGACUCGCCGAGUCUCCAGGAGAAGAUCCCCGUCACUCCAUCCAGCUUGGAGAGUUGCCGUUUGUCGAGUCUCAACUUAACAAGCACGGAAGAGUACGUGGAGCUACGAAGGGACGCGAUCCCCAUAAUCACCGUGGACGCUCACGAGAGCGGCAACUCGGACGCGUCAGCUGACGCGUUCGAGAUGUCUGAUAAGGAGAAUCGGCGAAAAUCGGUCAUUCUGAUGAACGCGCCGGAAACUGACACUCCUGUUUCAAGAUCGACUCACUCAUCGCUCGCUGAUAAACGAGGUAUCAGCGACGCGAAACAGUCACUUGGUUCCUCUGAAGAGUGUCAGACGUCGAGGGGCAGUAAACGGCGUAACGAUGUCACGAUGUCUGCGGCGGAUAAUCCGUCUCGCGAAGUGCAUCGGGUUCAUCUGACCAGGCACGAGCGGGACCUGUGUCGGGCGCGCAGUCAGUCAGCUCAGCGAAACGGACAACCGAUAGAAGAGAACGUAAGCGUAGCAAGGAAGAAAACAGACUCGGUAGUCGAGAGGUCGUUCGAUUCCCCGUGCACGACGACGGAUACCAGCCUGAUGAACGAAGAGCUCCGCGCAAGGGCGAGCAGCGAGAGACGCAGGUGCAUGCACGACCUGAUCAAGCUAAUCGACGCGAAGAUGAUGGUCUCGGCGCGCGCGACGCGGCGCGCCAAGAGGACCGCGUCGCAGGCGAGCAAGAGAAGGAAACGCGAGAGGAAGACGUGCAAGGUUCCCACGUCGGUUGGCAAGUUGUCCGAGAAACUUCCUUCGCGCGGUACGCCCAUAAGGAGGCACGCAUCGCACAGGCGUCGCGGGAAGGAGGCACCUCUUCGGGUUCCACGCGUCCGUUCGCACCCUGAUUCCAUCUUUUCUGGCCAGAUCUACUCGGCCUUCUCGACCUUCCACGUUACUUCCCGCUCCUGCGGCUCCUCCCUCGUCAAUUUAACUGAUCGUCGUACACGCGUGUCGGCCGGCUCGGGACGAGCCGUCGUUUCCCCGGCUCUCGCAAUCGACCGUCCAUCCGACGGCGGCUCGCCGAGAAGCUCGAGGAGCUCGCCGAAGAGCAAUUGCUGCAAAUCCGACGCAGUAUCCGCGGUGUGUAUCAUCGUCGCCGUACGCAAAUGCAGUAGUGUCUGUAAUCUAGAGGAAGCAUCAUGUCAUAUUGAUUGCACUAAGCUGUCCACUAACACGGCUAAUAUUACUUACAACUCGUGUGUGUCCCGUCCUUCUCCCGAUCUUAGGCAGCAAGAUGAGGGCUCCGUCAGUCCGUCGUGCCCGCUUCCAGCCGUUUCUUCCAUGGCCGUGAAGAUGUCGCAGUCGCCGGCGACCAGGACGCUCGCCAACGUGCCGCUUCACCGGCGGUCAAGUGACUCCGACUUGAGCGUUACUCCGAAAGGUAACUCUCUCGGCAGCAGCGAAAGGUCAAUGGCAGGCCUCUUAAGGACACCUGCUGCGGUCGUUAGACCCAUGAAUCAAGACACUUUGGAAAUGCUAGAGUACCCGUUCAUCACGAUGCAACACUAUCCACUUGGUUUCAUAUUACAUAUAGGUGGUCUGGUGAGCUCAAGGUCGGUGAAGUUGCUUGAAAGAAUAAGCAAUUUGGAGGAACCGGAAGGCCGGGAUGCAUGGUGGACCGAGAUCAGGAUGGAAGUCAGGUCCCACGCGAGAGCAUUAGCUUGCAACGUUGUCAUCGGCUACAAAGAAGAAACUAGUAUAUGCGAUGACGUGUGCGUGUUGAGCGCUUCCGGCACCGCGGCAGUUAUAAACCUGCACAAUUCCGGACAAGAUUCCGACGGCGUCGUUCUGAACAAGCUGCAACAUUUGCAACUUCAGCAAGGCGCAUCCGCGGCUACUGCCGCGGAAUCAGAUCGCGAGAAGGGCCAGCAAAAGCUGGCAGCGACCAAGCCGGAGAAGGUGAUCGACGGUGACGUGCCUAUCGCGACUCACCCGGAACGACAGAAUGGGAGGACCUGCAGGCACUCCUCCGAGAGCAACGACCACGAGGCCGGUCAGUCUCAGCUGCGGUGCAAUCUGUGCCACCUGCCCUACAGCGACAGUAGCGUGCCAUUUCGAGUGAACGUGUCGAAGUGUGCGAUAUGCAAACGUGCCAAAGUCCCGGACGUGAUGUUCACCACGAUCGAGGUGCCUGCGAACAUACCGACAACCGGGAGAGGCUGCUUCAUUCAAGCGACCGUGUGCAAGAACAAGAAGGACCUGCGAGGCGAACUGAACGCAAAGGAGAUAUCUGACUGCCUGCCCUUUUUGGACUACGAGCUCCAUAGUCUGUUGCUGAACAAGCUGAAGAUCAAGGGCAUGAACGCGGUCUUCGGCCUGAGGUUGCAGGUCUCCAUCGGCGAGCGAUUCAUAAUCGGCAUGGCGGUGGGCACCGCGGUUUACCUGACGGCGCUGCCGCCGCCUACUAUUCCGCAAAUAGCGUCUGGCAAUUCGUGGCACAACGAGGAACAGUUGGCCGAGAUGCAGAAGUCUAUCGUCGAAACGGUGAAGAAGAAUCGAGAGUUCUAUCAUCUGAAGCCUAUCGGAGUGAACGAGAUGGAAAACGGACGCGUCGUGAACAAUUCCGACACGGACGAGUCGGACGAGGACUUGCCGGAGCUCGAUCUCGGGCUGGGCACUCGCGACGCGUGCGUCCUGGAAGUGGACGAUAUCGAGGACAUGGACCGGAUAUCGUCGUUGAUGGACGAUAGACCACCGGACGAUUUCCACGUCGUUAAUACGCAGACGAUACCUGGUCUUGAGGACUUGGAGAUUGUUCGGAACUUACAAAUGUUCACGCAGGUGUGGAGGGCCAAGAUCCCCACGGGGCACUCUGUGUCGAUGCCAUCAAAGUGUCUCGCCAGAUUACUUCAGUCCUUGUAUUUCAAAUUAAGAAGGAUGGUCCCUUGCGCGCUGUGCGAUAUGCAGUUUAAAGUAGCGCUAGCCGAGCAAGAUGAGAUCCAAUUAACUGUCGUCGGUAUGGCGCUCGGAUUAGGAGAGCCCCUGAACGCGGACAAGUAUAAAAGGAAAAUCGUGCACCGUUCCUUGAGCAAGGAUCAAGUAAGAAAGCCAGAUGAUAGCGAUAUGAUAUUCAGUCUCGACGAGGAUCAUUUAGAGAAUAAUACAGUAUCCGAUAAUACAACGCGCACUUGUAUAGGCAACCCCGCGACUUUAAACAGCGUCCCUAUACAAAAACCAAGACCACGUUCGCCCCUACGUUCAAAGAUACUUGCCACUCAUAGACGUAAACACGUGCCUCUGAAAGGAAGAUACGGCGUGGACAUAACACCAUUGUCUUAUCUGCCGGGUGGAAGGAUAGAAAGGUACCAAGGCAAUCUGAAUUUCUUUUUCAUCCGUGAAAGCACAUCGAUACGGGAGAAUGGUGGCCUGAGCGGCUUCACUCAUAGUUUUGUGAUGGAAGUCCUGGCGAUCGUUCGCGCGCACAUUACGGCAUUAGGAGGUAACGCCAUGGUGGCGUUCUUCAUGACGCAGUGCGUGCUGCUUCACAGCCCACACAAAAAUCAAGGUCAGUGUCUUAUUAACGUGGGCGGUGACGUGGUAACGGUGUCUUAUUAUGCGGACGAAAAGCACAGCACCAUCUCAAAUUGCUGACCCCAGCCUCCGCAUUCAGCACCGCCGUAAAUAAAAUACCCGCCUGGCAAUCGAGACCGUUUGCUCACGCGUUUGCCGGACGUCAUAGUGGAUACAGGUAUACAUCAUCGCAGUAAUACGAGACUUCUAGAAUACUGCGUCCAUGGUGUCUAGUCUUGUGAUAUUUCGUUAAUAUCACAAAAAGCUUUUGAUAUUGCAUACUUAUUUUACGAAAUCACACAGAUUUGUAUUUUAUUUUAUUCUCGAAUUGCAAUUGUUUUUUUAAAAUGAGUAAGGAAGGGAAGGAUGAAAAGUGCACAAGAUUGAAAAAUAUGAUUUCUAUUGCGGUAUGCAUCCUUUUUUUUAAAACAAUAUAUUGUUACUUACUGAUGUAUUUGGAAUUUAGGUAGAAAUUUUUCUUUGCGAUAUGUUAUCAUGAUUACGUAAAAACAUAUGAUUUAAUAUUGACAGACUAUAGCGGUUUAUAUUACUUCUCCUAGAGAUAUGUAAAUUAUCAUUUUAUGGAUUGAUAGAAAUGCGCUAAAAGUAACAUGUCUGUAGGAUCGAUCCAUUUCAGAUAUCAUGAUAUAGUAUCGUUCACUAGGUGCCUUUGAAAUUGUGCAGAAAACAGAGUUCCAUGUGUACAAGAUGUUUUCCUGCGUUACGCGCAGGAUGUAGUUACAGGCGUGUAGCGUAUAUACAUAAUUGCGACUUUUACAUUUAGAUUUUUCAGACUCCAACUAAGAAAACAUUUUUACCUUGAAGAAGAAAUGACAAGAUGAAACUAAAAAUGCUCACUUUUUACAGUCUUUCAUUGCAUCGAAAGAGACAAACGAGAGACCGAUAACUUCAGAAUCUCAUCUCAUCGCAAGGAGAUGUUGGUCAGUUUGAUUCUAUUUAAUUCUGUAAAUAUUUAUUGUGCGUACGUAAUAAAAAAUGUAUCCGUUAACGACCAAUUAAUCGACAAGGGAUGUAAAGGGAAUGCUGAUUGCAAGGAAAGCGUUUCGGUGUUUGUCGCGCUCAAUAUAUUAUAUCAUUAUAAUCUUGUGAUACGGAGCGAAUGUGUUCUUUGCUCCAAGAUGCGACAAGAUAAUGAAAUGUUAUUACGUAUAUUACGUUUCCUAGAUAAAGAUUUCUACAUCCUCUACUCUCUCUGUGCAUGAUGAUCGUGAUAUGUAAAUUCUAUCGUGUAUUUAUUCCUUAGUUAGUUGAAAUGAUAAUCGCGAAUUACGACAAAUAUUUAACCAGAUCGAAUUCUAGUCAGUAUCAGCAUUCACGUUUCUGUUAUCAAUUCUGUUUUGUUAUUUUUGGAGAAUUUCGAGAGCGAAAUACUCCGUUGUUGAGCUGAGAAGAUUGAUCGAUGUUACAUUAAUUCUACCGUUGUACGAGAUCACUAUGACUCGAUUUUCUUCAUUUUUAAUUAUAUUUAUCAUCUUAUUAUGUUGCGAAGAGCGAUUGAAAACGUGAUAGCGCGGGUCAUGGUAACUUUAAGGAAUUAACGUCGACUUAGUCGAGAUAAGUGAAAUGAUGUCACUCUGUGAGCGUGACCCAUUGUCGCUUUCGAAAAAUGGAAAUAAAGGAAAACUACGUUGUUCUCCAAAGGGGAUGUUCUUUUAAUAAACGAUUGCGGAACA